GCCAGUAGGAGGCAGUGGUGAUCUGAGCUUUACCUCUGCUGGCCGACAGGAAGAGAAGAAGAUAUCCCCUAAAGCCUGCUUGUUUACAGGGAACUCCAAGGAGGGAAAUGGGGGAAAACGAAGACUUGGCCAAAGGGAACUGCAGCAGGACGCUGCUCGUCCGCCACCUACCGGCCGAGCUCAGUCAGGACGAGAAGGAGGACCUCCUGAAGUAUUUCGGUGCCGAGUCGGUCAGAGUCUUUUCCAACCGCGGUCGCUUGAAACAUGCGGCCUUUGCGACAUUUAGAAGUGAGAAGAUGGCAGCGAAGGCUCUCAGCAGGCUCCAUCAGUUACAGAUUCUGGAUCGGACCCUCAUCGUGGAGUUUGCCAAAGGACAGGACGAUUUCACGGUUUUAAAGGACCCCCCGGUGUCAGAUGGUCAUGUGAAAAGCAAGCAGAAGAUCCAGGAGACCAAGCAGCCGAACGUCCCUCUCAUAGAGACCGGCGUCUCUCCUAGCCUUGGGAUGAAAUUUCAUUCAAAUCCCACGCUGAAAUAUUUAUACCCGCCGCCCUCCAACAGCAUCCUCACAAAUAUAACACAUGCCCUCAUCGCGGUGCCAAAGUUUUAUGUCCAAGUGCUCCAUCUGAUGAACAAGAUGAAUUUGCCGUGCCCGUUUGGUCCCGUCACAGCGAGGCCGCCCAUGUUCGAGCUCCUGCCUCCGGCCCCACACGUCCCCAUGCCUCCCCCUUUCCCCCCUGACUAUCCCCCUCUGCCAGAGGAGGAGCUGGAGCUGGCCAGUGAGGAAGAGUCUGAGUACGAGAGUGAGGAUGAUGAAGAUAAAGAGAGGAUUGCACGUUUGAUGGGCCUGGUCAACCAAGCAUGCAAGAGACCCUUGAGACCAAAAACGGCCUCAAAAAGAAAGAAGCCCAAGAUCAAGGACCUGCUCUACACUCCCAAACCGGACUCUCAGAGUGUUCCGGCGCUGCAGCCCUCCGACGUGUUCGAGAACCCGAACCCUGCGGCUCCGAGAAAAAUCGAGUUCCACAUUUCGGUGCCGGAGGUGGCGGCCGUUGUGGAAGGGAGCGGCCCAGGCCAGCCUGAAGUUGAUGGCAAAGCAGAUGAGAGCGAGAGCAGCGGCAGUCGGGAGGCGACGGAGGCUGAAGGGUUUGGGAAGCUCUACCCCAGCGCCCAAGCCAACCAGCAGCAGGAGGAGCACAGCGGCGACGAACAGGAUCUGAUGUCAGAGUUCAUCUCCAGGAAGGAGCUGGAGAAAGGCCGGCUGUCCAGAGACGAGAUAAAAAGGAUGUCUGUUUUUAAGAACUAUGAGGCCGGUGAGCCGACCUGCCGGCUGUACGUGAAAAACAUCGCAAAGCAGGUGGAGGAGAAGGACCUGAGGUACAUCUAUGGAAGGUACAUUGACCCGUCGUCCGAGGCCGAGAGAAACAUGUUUGACGUGGUGUUAAUGAAGGAGGGGCGGAUGAAAGGGCAGGCCUUCGUAGGGCUCCCAAACGAGCGCAGCGCGGAAAAAGCCCUGCGGGAAACCAACGGCUUCGUUCUCCACGACAAGCCCCUCGUCGUCCAAUUUGCAAGAUCUGCGAGACCAAAACAAGACAACACAGACGGCAAAAAGGGCCAAAAGCAGCGGUGAAACCAGCAGAUACCAAGACUUGAUUUUGUGGCUCUGGAGAUCCAUUUGUAUCCUUACUUUGACAUAUCCUUUGGAGGAGCAAAAGCCUCUAGAGAAAACGGGCACAGUUUAAUUCCAGUCACUGCUUUAAAGCUAGAGCUUGAAACUGUCUAGUCAUUUACAUUUAAAGAGGCCGAGCAUCAUUCUUUCUGUGGCUUCUUUAUUUAUUUAUUUUGCUGUGGUUUUUGUAUAUUUUUUUUUAUUUCUUACCGAUUGUUUUCCCCGUCUGACUGAAUAGGUGCUGGUCAUCAGAGGCUGUCUUCUUCUUUUCUUACAUUAUCGAAUAAAACUAUUUUCUCAGAG